AUGUCCAGUACCUUUGCCUUUGGCCUUGCCAAGAACGGCGUCAAUGCGCUCCCGAACGUCCGACGCGCAGCCACAGCCGCUCACAUUAGUGACCGACUGUCGUCGCCGAGCUCUCUGGGCCACGAGGAGAGAGGCAGCACUGGUCCAUGGAGCAGCCGCGACGACAAGACAGGGGGUCUCGUGAUGAUUGCAGCGCCGCGGGCUGAUGGGCAGUUGAGGAAGCGCGGGACGUCUGUGGACAAGACGAACCCGUUCAUCGGAUACUUCCAGACAGGCAGCGACGUGACGGAUUGUGAAGGGGCGGCACAAAGUGUGGACGUCGAGCCCGUGGCGUGCCCAGUGCCCGUCGUACCCACCCGUCGAGCUCCGAGUCGCACCCAAAGCAGUGCGGCGCUAUCGUCGCUGUCGUCGCUGUCGUCGUUCUAUCCGUCUGCACUCUUUACGCCUCGAGCGCAGCCGACAGAGUGGCAAUGCACGCGUCUGUUACCGUUCUUUAUGACGCAGCAAGAUGCACCGCAAGAGUCGGUAGAGCAGCAGAAAGAGAAGAGACAGGAAGAGAAGAAGAGGCAGCAGCAGCAGCUGCAGCAGCAGCAACAGGAACAGAAGAAGCGUGCAGCGUUUGUAGAGUCGUUGAAGCUCGAGACGUCCGUGCUUGCAGGUGGAUCUGGCACGAGCGGAUGCACGAAACGGGGAAAAGCAGCCGGUUGUAUCAAUGGAGCGAUCGGAUAUGAUGCUCGAUGCUGUGCGGACUCGCGCACGUUGGGUUCGCGCUUUGAGCAGGACUUUGAGGUUAUGGGGUCUUUAGGUGCAGGAGGUCAAGGCUCUGUCUACAAGGUGCGCAGUAAGGUGGACGGAUGCUACUACGCGAUCAAAGAGGUGGUCCUUCCCCGCGCCACCGAACUCGAUGCGAAGCGCGCAGAAAGCCAAGCGUUGCGUGAAGUCCGUUUGAUGGCGUCCAUGGCUCCGCAUUCGAAUGUGGUUCGCUACCACACAGCUUGGACAGAAGUGCAUGCAUACGCUCCCCACGUCACUUCGUCGAUGGGAAGUGUCCGCGGGUCCACCGCUUCGUUGCUGGAGAGUGACUGCAGCUCACAGGACCUUCGCUGUCAGCAACUAGAAAUGCUGGACGAAGAAGCCGAGAUGCGCGCGAGCGGCAUCGAGUCUGCGGAUCACUCGUUCUCGCUCGACUAUUCGGUGAGUAGUUCGCUCAGUUGUGACGAGCGCUCGACUCCUGGGUUCACGUUCGAAGACGAGAGUUAUGACAGCGGCUCGGUGGGCUUAAGCUUUGAGGACGAGGCGUCUUUUGGUCAGCUGGGUGAACUGCAGAACGAGGUAAAGCUGGCUUCUGCUGCUGCUACUCCUUUUGCUGCAGAGCCGAUUGGCAUGAAGUCGCAGGUGAUCUUGUACAUCCAGAUGGAGUUGUGUGGCACAGCAGUGGACUCAGUCGCUUCGUCCCGGACCAUCCGUGAUAGCCACGAGCCACUUUAUCGCAUUUUACACCAGCCGGAGACGCCGCAGCAAGACCGUUUGCAGUUUCGCGAAGAAACGCAGUCAAACCUAGGGGCGUGGCUUCGUUCGUCCCUUGAGAAGCGUUUGUUGUGGUCUGACGCGCCCGAAAUACACCUAGAGGGGCUCAAGUUGUUUCUCGGUGCGGUCCAGGGCGUUGCUCACAUGCAUUCGUAUGGUGUGAUCCACCGUGACCUGAAGCCGGACAAUAUCUUCAUCCACGGCGAUGUUGCAAAGAUUGGCGAUUUCGGUCUUUCCAAGUCGGUUUACGCAGACAGCACGACGGACGGCGUUGUAUCCCCUCGUGAGUUUCUACGGGAUUGGGGUACCGCCUCGAGCAGCAGCAAUGCACUGAAGAAUGCUGCAACUCGUAUGAAAGGCGCUAAGUACUCGAUCAAGUCGGACAUUUUUGCACUGGGCGUGAUCUUGCUCGAACUGUGUUGCCCUUUCAGCACGGUGAUGGAGCGUUCGCAGGUUCUGACUGGUGUGCGCCACGGCGUUGUGCCUCAGAAGCCUCGACAGCACUUUCCGAUGGAGAUUGAUUUGGUCUUGCGCAUGACAUCGAUUGAUCCUAGCGAAAGACCUACCAGCGGAGAGGUUUGCGAGCAAUUACGCAGAAUCAUAGCCGCAUCAGGCGCCAUGGUUACGCCAGCAUCAGCCCUCGAAGACUUGCGUGAGGUCCAGCUGAAGCUCGCUGCGGCAGUUCGCUUGAUGCGCGACCGCUCGAAAGCUACUCUGUUGCUAGAGGCAUUGGUGUCCGAGAUGAACGAAAAGGUCCAGAACGUGGGCGUUGCUCUCGCCUGA